CCGGCGUUGACCGGCCAUGCACACCGCAAGAUACAGCGAACCAUCGCCAAUCUUUGUACCCUCAACGAACGGGCGUGCCCUCCAAGUGUUCGACGCCCCGCCUCAGUCGCCACUUCCAUGCAGAAGCUCGCCCCACGUCUUCCCUCCAUAACUUACUACCCCAACUCCCCCUCCCUUUCCCUUUCUUCAUUCAUCUCGUCCACUUCCUCCGUAGGAAGGGAAGGGACCAACCCAGCAGACGCCAUCUCGAGACGCUCCCCGUUCUUGAACCGGCAUCGACACUUGUGCCGCGCAUGGCUUUCCGCCUCGCCUUCCUGCUGCUCGUCCUGGCCACGGCCUCGGUGGCCGGGACGUGGGCGAUGGGCCCCAUCGACACCGAGGUCUCGUGGAAGCUCGCCCGCUUCGCCAGCGCCGAAGACGGGCUGGGGGACGCCGCGCCCGCAUGUGACGGGCUCGUGGGUGAGUGCCUCGACGAGGACAACGAGCUGGACAUGGAGGCGGAGGACCCCCGUCGCUUCCUGUCCCCCGCUCACGGCCGGCAAAGGUUCAUCAGCUACGGCGCCCUCUCUCGCAACCGUGUCCCCUGCAACCGCCGUGGCCAUUCCUACUACAACUGCAGAAGGAGCGGGCGAGCGAACCCUUACCGCCGCGGCUGCAGCGUCAUUACCAGGUGCGCCAGGAUUCUCGAUUAAGCUACGGGGUCGAGGUAAGUAAGUGGCGGAGAGAAAGAGAGUGAUACUGUCGGUGAUGAGCUGCUUCUUUCCUCCAUACUGCACGGCCUGCCUUGGCUUCCCUCCUAUGUUACUGUCGCCAAAUAUGUUUCUUCAUGUACUUUGAUGUGAUUGCAACAAGGGGAUCGUAUUAUUAUGGUA